AUGUCUUACGAACCAAAAGAGUAUCCGACGCAACAAGGUAUCUAUACACCGCAACAAGGUGUCUAUACACCACAGCCCGGUUUCUAUGCACCACAACCCGGGAUGAGCAUACCUCAAGCCCAACCACAAGCUGCCCCAACGGGUCGAGGAGGUUGGAGAGCGGAUUUAUUCGAUUGCUUCUCUGUCCCCGGACUCUGCUUCAAGACGUGGUGUUGCCCUUGUAUCACAUACGGUGAAACAAAAGAGAAAAUGGGCUCGGGUUUUGGCUCAAAUUGCUUUUGCUAUUUUUGUGCAAUGUUUAUAGGCUUUGAUUGCUGUCUUCGUAUUAUGACGCGCGGUGAGAUUCGUGCCAGAAAAGGAAUCGAUGGUGGUUGUUUGGGCGACUGUUUCACUCAUUGCUGGUGUGGAUGCUGUGCUUUGAUUCAGGAACGCCGUGAAUUCGAUGAUCAAUGA